GCUGCGCGUAUGAAUUCAGGUAUAGCCAAUCACGGAGCAAAAAACAAUGCACGUGAACCUACAAUGAAAUCAAGGUAGAAGGCGCAGAAUUUUAGGGCGAAUGUCGGUGUGACGGAAAGGCUGCCUGCAGAGUUACCCGUCGAGGACAGCCUAUUCCAGUUUCACUGCUGGCUGAAGACAAUGGAGAUAGAAAUUAAGCAGGAAGAAGACAACGCUUUCAGUAACACUGACACUAACGGCAAGCGCCCUGCUGAGGACAUGGAUGAGGAACAGGCAUUCAAGCGCUCCCGCAACACAGAUGAAUUGGUUGAGCUCAGGGUGCUUCUCCAAAGCAAAAAUGCAGGGGCUGUGAUUGGAAAAGGAGGCAAGAAUAUUAAAGCCUUACGUACAGAUUACAAUGCCAGUGUAUCAGUCCCAGACAGCAGUGGCCCAGAGCGUAUCCUGAGUGUGAGUGCAGAUAUAGAGACCAUUGGUGAGAUUCUGCUGAAGAUCAUCCCUACCCUGGAGGAGUAUCAGCACUACAGCGGGACUGACUUUGACUGUGAGCUGCGGCUGCUGAUUCAUCAGAGUUUGGCUGGAGGCAUCAUCGGAGUCAAAGGUGCCAAGAUCAAGGAACUAAGAGAGAAUACCCAGACUACAAUCAAGCUCUUCCAGGAAUGUUGCCCCCACUCCACUGACCGUGUAGUGCUAGUCGGGGGGAAACCAGAGCGGGUGAUUGAGUGCAUCAAGGUCAUUCUAGAGCUGAUUUCAGAGGCACCCAUUAAAGGUCGAGCCCAGCCCUAUGACCCAAACUUUUAUGAUGAGACCUAUGACUAUGGCGGCUUCACUAUGUUGUAUGAAGAAAGAGGGCGACGGCCUAUGGGUGGGUUCCCAAUGCGAGGCCGAGGAGGAUUUGACCGUAUGCCUCCUAGCCGCGGAGGUCGUCCUAUGCCUCCAUCUAGACGGGAUUAUGAUGAUAUGAGCCCUCGUCGUGGACCACCUCCACCCCCACCAGGGAGAGGAGGAGGACGUGGGGGCAGUAGGGCCCGAAAUCUGCCUCUGCCUCCACCACCGCCACUUAGAGGAGGAGGUGAUCGAUUUUCCCACCAGAGUUAUCACAGCAAUAUGGAUGACAGACCAAACAGUGACCGAAGGGGGCGACCUGGAGACCGCUACGAGAGCAUGAGUGGAGGUGGAUAUGACAAUAAUUCUUCUUGGGAGCCCUACCAGUCUGGUGGUCGAGGAUCUUACAGUGACAUUGGUGGACCCGUUAUUACAACACAAGUGACUAUCCCUAAAGAUCUGGCUGGCUCCAUCAUUGGAAAAGGCGGCCAGAGGAUCAAGCAGAUCCGUCAUGAGUCGGGAGCAUCUAUCAAAAUCGAUGAGCCUCUGGAGGGCUCAGAGGACAGGAUCAUUACCAUCACAGGCACACAGGACCAGAUUCAGAACGCCCAGUAUCUCCUACAGAACAGCGUGAAGCAGUACUCGGGUCGGUUCUUCUAGAGGGUGGAGAUCGAAGCCAAACUGCCAUACCCAUUCACUUCAACUUGUUUUCAGAUCCUACAUUCCUCUGCUUCUUGGGUAGAUGUGAUCCCUGCCAUUUUCUCCUUUUUAAACCACAUAUUUGAGGGGAAGGUUUUCUCAAAAUCAUAUUUCUUUAACUUUUCUUUCUGCACGUGAUUUUUUUUACAUUAUUGAUUGUACUGUUUUGUAAGUAAAGGGAGCCCAUCUGUGAAGUCCGCUGUUGGCCUUACUUACCAGAGCUGCGUGCUUAAUUUGUGCAACAUGCAGAAUGUAAUCUUAUAAGUGGUUUUUGCCAAUGAAUUUGUUUCGAUAUCUUGUUUUCUUCAUGAUGAGACUUUUUGGGGAAAGUGUAAAUAUUCACUUCAGUUCUUUAAAGUUUUAAUGUCAGUACAGUUUUAUUUAAAGGAUGAGCAUCUAUUUUGAUUUGAAAAAUGGGGGUGUUAAAGGUGGGAAAGGGAUUCAUUGCUUCUUCUUUUUUUGCUUGUUUUCUCAACCCAAUUUUCAGAUUCGUAAAACUUAAGAUUGAUUGACCAUUAAUACCCCAUUGACAUUGGGAUCCAUUAAAUCUUGCGCUUAUUUUGUAUGUCUGUUUGUAAGCAUUUUUACCAUUUUAGAUGGGUCUUUCUCUUCACAGUUGGGGGGAAAUAAAAGCUCUGUUAAAAAAAUAAAAAUGUUGCAGAUCUCUA